CUGAGCUCCUGCCUGUUGCUCCACAGACGCACUGCUCCCCGUACCGAGUGUGACUGAUAUAGUCUGAGGGUUCAACCCGAGGAUGGCUGACAACACAAUGGCACAAAGCAGUUACUCAUCUGAGUGGACAGAUAUAGACACCGAGUGGGAAAUUGUCCUUUCUACCCUCUACUCGAUGUUUGGUGAACUUCCAUCUGCUCCUGCAGAACAAGGAGCUCUCAGUUCGGGGGCCCCCACAACGGUCGAUGACUCGACAUCCAUAGCAUUACCAAAUGAGGCGUUACAUGGGGACCUCGCCUCAGAGGCCGAAAUGGGGGCUUUACAAGAAGGCUCAACCAUGGACAACACCGGGGAGACGUUCGGAAGAGGUGCACCAUCAGGAGUAAAAGCAGAGGCGCUACAUGAGGGCAUCUGCCUUGACGUCAAGCAUGAGUUAAGUGUGGGUCUCCACUCAGGAGUUGAUGGAGAGGUUACACAUAACCAAAACCAAUCAGGAAUUAAUGGGUAUACAAACCAAGUACAAACCAAGGGAGCCAGUGAGGAGGGCCGUGAUGGCGAUCCAACCUCUGGAGUCAUUGGAGAAGCGUCGCAAGAUGUUGCAUUGGUGGUCAAUGGAAACACCGCAGAGGUUCAUGAAAAGGGAUCGCAAAGUGGUGUCCAGAGCUUAGUCAAAAAGGAGUGGCAAGGCAGCGAGCCCCCAGGGGUCAAAAAGGAAGGGGAUGUGCAGGUAAACACACAGUUGUUGCAAAGAGAAGUCCCGAUAGAAAUGACCGGGUUAGUAAUGCAAGAUGAAGUUCAGCCAAUAGUCAGGAGGGAGGCGUCACAUAUGGUAAGCAGUGUUGGGGAGACAGAGUGUGAUAUCCAUCCAGCAACCAAAAUGGAGGCAUUAAAUGGGACCAACCCAAUAGGAAUGGCGGAGUGUCCUGGAGUUAUCCCUUCCCCAGUUGGCAUGAAUGCAAUACACAACGGGGUCCAACGCGGAGUCAGACCAGUGGCAUUGUAUGGAGGAGUCCCGUCACAGCACAGUGCCAGGAUCAUGCAAGGCGGCGUCCAGUCAGGAGCCAAAAUGGGGGCACUACGUAGCGAAGUCCCAUCCGGGAUUAGAUGGAUGCAUGGUGGCGGCCCAUCGGGUUUCUUGGUCCACCAGCAGCCUAGCACAUCUAUGCCCGGGUCAACAAUGUACCGCAUGCCAUUGAAUAAAAACCCUUUCAUACCACAUGGCUACAUGAAUCAGGAACAGGGCGCUUAUUUCCAAAACCAGAAUGUUUAUGUUCCUGUCGUGGACAACGGUGGUGUGAGUUCUCUCGGGCCUUAUAAUGACAAACAGAGGGUGAUCCAGAUCUUUGUCAACCCCCACUCGACGCCUCAUCCACCUCAGGCUGUCACACCAAAACAGAGACGUAACAGCGUUCAAAAAAAUCGUCCCUACAUCAGGAGGCCGCCCAACGCCUUCAUGAUCUUCAUGAGGGAGAACAGAGAGAAGAUCACCAACACUUUAAAACCCAAACACAGCGUGGAGGCAAACACCAUCCUGGGGCAGAUGUGGAGGGAAAUGUCUCCCAGUGAGCAGGAGAUCUACUACCAGAAAGCUGCGGAAGAGCGUAGAAUCCACGCCGAGAAACACCCCGACUGGUCCAGCAAGGACAAUUAUGGUUUAAAGAGGAAGAGGCAGAGGAGGAAAAACUGCCCCAUCUAAAGGAUCCAGCAGGUGUCAUGGCAACACGUCUUCCUAGUUGUGGUCAAGGAGGAUUCAACCAGCAAGAAGAGGAUGGGUGUGAGAAGGGAGGAGGAUCAAGAUGGAGGACGUGCUGCGGUGACUGCUGCUGCUGCGAUAGGAGGAAAGAUGGCGGGGAAUCGCAGGCACAUUAGCCAAACGCUACUCCAGUUCAAGUUUCAAGCAGAGGUCCGAACCCGGUCCUCAAAGGGCUGUGAACCCAAUCAGGUGUCCCUCCGAAACCAGCAGCACCAGGCAGACUGCUGCUACAUGUUUCUGCUGUUGUAUCAGUGUGAUCAAAAAUAAAAAUA